GUCGAUCUGCACGGACAUGCGCAAACCGCGUGUGGCGCAGCGGAGAGGGGGCGGAGUCACACACAGCAGUGAGUCACGUAGCUAGCUAGCCUGUAGCGAAGCGAGCAGAUCAUGGAUAUGAGCAGCAGUGAGUGUUUUGGAUGCGGCCGCUCUGGGCAUUGGGUGAAGAACUGUCCUAAUGCUGGACGUGGACGCGGGAGAGGCAGAGGCCGAGGCAAGGAUCUCUUCUGUUACCGCUGUGGUGAACAGGGGCACAUUGCCAGGGACUGUGAACAGACGGAGGACGGUGAGGCACUGUCACCUUUCUCUCAAACCUGCUACAACUGCCACAGGAGUGGCCACAUCUCCAGGGACUGUAAGGAGCCCAAGAAGGAGCGGGAGCAGUGCUGCUACAACUGUGGCAAGGCCGGACAUGUGGCCCGAGACUGCGACCACGCCAACGAGCAGAAGUGCUACUCCUGCGGAGGGUUUGGACACAUCCAGAAACUGUGUGACAAAGUGAAAUGCUACCGGUGUGGUGAGAUUGGCCACGUGGCGGUGCAGUGCAGCAAGGCCAGCGAGGUGAACUGCUACAACUGUGGCAAGACCGGUCACCUGGCCAGAGAAUGCACGAUCGAAGCCUCUGCAUAACCGGCUUCCUCUGUCGCUCCCUCCUUUUUCAGAUUGAUGGUUGGUUGUAUUAUUUUCUCGGAAUCCUCUUCAUUGGCCAAAGGUUGGCAGACGGAGGCUUGUCCCAGGCCAGUGAGCUUCUUGACGUGUUUAAAGGAUUAAAAAAAAAAAUAACGAAGGGGUGGAAAAAUCUUUCUGCAUUCAAUACAAAUGUCUGUUUAGUUUGGUAGAGGUGUUAUGUAUAAUGCUUUGUUCAAAAGACCCCUUUCCAUGCCGCUGGUGAUGAGACCGAUGACUGGGGCACAGUGUGCGAUGUAGGACCUCCGGGCUUGAAGUGAGCCUUCGUAAGAUGAUGGGAGGCAGAGGUUGGGGACGCCUCAAUUUCUGUGUACAGAUUUUUUUGUUUAGAUUAAGUUGGGGAAAAAAAAAAUUAUGAGUUGGCUUAAGAGAGAGAGUAUGACCGGGAUAACCAUUCGCAACACAGGAAUCCAUCUUAAUCCGGGCCCCACGAGCAAGGUGGGCGUCAUAACUCGCGAAGAAAUAUGAUGUAAUGUUGAUCAUGCUGAUAACACCGAAAUAUUGAGAAAUCCCAAGUUUUUUGUGAGUUUUUUUUCUUUACCUUUUUUGUUUUUCCUUUUGUUUUUCUUUAAUUUUUUUGUUUUUGGGACUUUUUUGUACAAAGUCAUCAGUUUGCAAGUUUGCAGCAAACGUCGCUCAUUAAUGCCUAAAUAUUCCAAAAGUAAUUUUAGUCAUUUCUAUCCUAAAUUAUCAAGAAAAUAAACUUGUGGAUUUAUCAGUAAUUUGCAAAAGGAGAAUGUUUUCACAGAAAUCAAAUAUUAUUUUUGUACAAUAUCACUUGGACUACUGUAAGAAUAUCAUUUGCUUGUACUCAGUUUUUAAGUCGGAAAGAAGAUGCAACUUAAGUCCUAUAACAUAGAAAAUGUAAUUUUAAACUAUCAAUAAAGCUGGAGGAGGAUCGGGAA